CACAGUAUCAUACGAUCUUCUAUAAACCUUUGUAGUAGCUUUCUUCAUUCUCCACAACACAGAACAAAAACAAAGAAAAAAAAAAACCCUUAGCCAACACAACCAUCAUGGCCACCUCUGCUAUUCAGCAAUCAGCAUUCACUGGUCAAACUGCUCUGAAGCAGCUCAAUGAGUUCGUCCGCAAGACCGGUGGCGCCGGCAAAGGUCGCACUAACAUGCGCCGCACCGUCAAGAGUGCUCCUCAGAGCAUUUGGUAUGGCCCUGACCGUCCCAAGUACUUGGGUCCAUUCUCGGAGCAGAUUCCAUCAUACCUGACCGGAGAAUUCCCUGGUGACUACGGAUGGGACACUGCUGGAUUAUCAGCUGACCCGGAAACCUUCGCCAGGAACCGGGAGCUGGAGGUGAUUCACAGCAGAUGGGCAAUGCUUGGUGCCCUUGGCUGCACCUUCCCAGAGAUCCUUGAGAAGAAUGGUGUCAAAUUCGGCGAGGCCGUGUGGUUCAAGGCCGGUGCACAGAUCUUCUCAGAGGGAGGCCUUGACUACUUGGGCAACCCAAACCUGAUCCAUGCUCAGAGCAUCCUUGCUAUCUGGGCUGUUCAGGUUGUGCUCAUGGGGUUUGUUGAAGGUUACAGAGUUGGUGGAGGACCACUUGGUGAAGGACUUGACCCAAUCUACCCUGGUGGUGCUUUUGACCCUCUUGGUCUGGCUGAUGACCCUGAUGCAUUCGCUGAGUUGAAGGUCAAGGAACUCAAGAACGGUCGCUUGGCUAUGUUCUCCAUGUUUGGUUUCUUUGUUCAGGCUAUUGUCACUGGCAAGGGCCCUAUUCAGAACCUUUACGACCACGUUGCUGAUCCUGUUGCCAACAAUGCUUGGGCUUAUGCCACUAACUUUGUCCCUGGACAAUGAGGAUGCCUACAUGCAAUGCAAUCUUCUGCUCCCUUUUGCAGUUCCCUUGUGUUUAACUCCAUUUUCACUAAUGUAACUACACCUGUGUAGCAGAAAAAUCUGUAUGAGAACCAUUAUAUUUUUAUAUAUUAGAAAUUUGGGUCCCCAGAAAAUAUCAACUCUUACGUUUGGAAUUCAA